UCAAGCAAUUCGUUUUGCGAAGCAUUUGCACUGAUACCGAGGCGCCAUGAGUCACCUUCUUUCUAUAUUGGUUUGCUUAGCAGCUGCCACCGUGACAUGCUUCACACUGCCUACAUUCUUCAAAACGGAGUCAAUCGUAACUUCCCGCUCGAAACCUUAUCAGCGUGAUCAUCACAUUCUGUUUCAAACUGUCAAGGCGAAUUCGGUUUCUCCCAGCCUCGACCGGUUUGAACAAUUCGCAAACUCAACGCCCGAUGCUGGUGCGCCCUGUGUACUCACUAUAGAGGGGUCAAGAUACAAUUUGACCGCGUGGGCGAAGUCUCACCCUGGGGGAGAACGCAUUCUGGCUAAGUUCAAUGAGAAAGACGCGACGAAGUCAUUUAGAGCCGCCCAUCAUUCGAUGGCUGCCUACGAAAUGCUCCAGGAUUUCGCGAUUGAUGAUUCUUUGCAGCCUCCGACCUACAGCCUAUAUUCGAUUCCUCGCUGGAGAGCCAAGCUUUUCACGAAAGAAGAUCGCAUUGGUGUUCACAAGUACUUGGGUAUGUUCUGUCUCCUAAACUUCAUCUUUCGUUUCUAUCAAAUGCUUCUUGGGGACCCAUCCGCAGGACUUGGCACACGGGUGGGUAAGGGCCCAAGUGCAUUUCCUGUGUUAUUUCUCGUGCCUCAUGGUAUGUUGAGCGUUUCGGCUCUCAUUUUCCCACACAUACCCAGAGAACGCGUCGUGGGAAAGCCAAUGAUCUGGCAAGAGUACCGCAUUCACAAUCUAAUUUUCGGAGUUCGUUCAGUAAUUUGCACACUCUUUUGCGCACUCAGUUUUCGAUAUCCUACUAAUCUCGGCGUUCGGCGACUCUCUAUUUCGGGAAGUUGCUUGUCGGUGUUGGCAGCAAAUAUUGGGGCUGAUUUAGCGACAAAGAAAUUACAGCCGCAUGAGACGGGGAGUACUACGGCAACCAUGCCAUACUGGGAAGGUUGCAGUGUGAAAACGCAAAAGAAAUUCAAGCAAUUCUAUGCGUACAGUCAAUUUCUUGCGACUCUUUCUUGUGUAGCAGUCAUAAAUCCAGCUUGGCCUUUGUCCGUUCUUCUCGCAAUUCAAAUUGCUUCUUUGUUGAUGACGCUUGUUCGAAAAGGUCUUCUCUCAGCAAAAGGUUAUCACAUGGGAUAUACUGCAUCGCUCAUCGCACCAUACUUUGUGGGAAUUCGUUCCAUGUUGUAUAUGAAAAAUCUUCAAUUUCCAAUCAUGCUAGCUUUUGGUUAUGUUCUUUUUCAAGCUAGACGUCGCGGUUUAAACAAAUAUAUGUUGUGGGUUCCUGUAAUCGUUGCGCGGAUAGCAAUUGGCGAUCGUCUUCUGGACUGGAGCUCUUGGGCUGUCCAUUAGAUAUACUUCUUACGGGGCAGACAUUGAGUUCGUAUAUUCUAGGCAAAUUUUUGCAACGGUGCUGAUCCACCAGGAAAGGACUCGCCUGACGUAAAUUAUAGUAAAUAGACUGUAAAAGAAUUAGCUUGAGCUCUA